AUGUCGCCAACCAAGUGCCGCUUCCUCGCUUCCUCACACAGGCAGCUGUUUGCAUGGCAGGAAAAUGCUUGGGCUGCUGCUACCAGUGGCACUAGCAGCGGCCGCGGUUUUGGCUCUGGCGAGUGCAGCUGCAGCGCAGACAGCAGCGGUGGGGGCGGCUGGGGCGGCGUCAGCAGCAACAGCGGCAGCAGCGGCAAAGGUAGCGGCGGCGGGGGUGGCGGUGACAGGAAUGGCUUCGCCAUGGGCAGCAGCCGUUGCAGGUCGUACAGCACCGACACGCGUAACCCAGCAAGUGACCCCCAGGACGAAACGGCAUUGCAAGGGCAAGAGUCCGACCUGGCAAGCAGCAGCAGCGGCGCCGAGGCAUCCGGCCUGGUGGCAGCGCAGCAGCGGCCGUGGCACUGGGUUCAGGAGCCCGCUGAGCUGUCAGACACCGUCACAGUGAACAUCAGCAGCGCCGACCUGGGCCCCGACCACACAGGCCUGUACUACCCCUUUGACGCCUCCCGCGUGCCAGAGGCUUUCCAGGCGUUCCACCAGGCCUUCUACCCGCCGCGCCCGCAGAACCUGCAGCGCAAGGGCGGCUGCCGCGGCCUGCAGGCCGAGAUCGCCACUGCGGGCGCUCCGCCGCACCUGAUGGGGCCGGCCGGGUCGGGCAAGAGCAUCGCGCUCGCGGCGCUGGUGGAGCGCGCCCGGGCCAGGGGCGAGCUUGUUGUGUAUGUUCCAGAUGCACGCGCCCUGGUGUCUGGCGGCUUCUUCUACAAGCGGCCGGAGACCGGGACCUACGACACCAUCAUCUCGGCGCAGCACAUUUUGAAAUCGGUGCUCGACAGCCACCGCGCGCAGCUGGAGGCCAUGCCGCGCCGGGUGUCUGCGCCGACGCCCGCCGGCGGCGCCACGGGCGAGGCGGCGGCAAAGGCAGGGGCGGCUGUCGGCGCGGCCGGCGGCGGGGCGGGCAGCCUCCUAGACCUUGUUCUGGCGGGUCUGUCCACUGAUGACGAUGUGAGCUUACGUCGCUUCGCAUGCCCUCGCUGA